UGCAGGACCCCAGCCAUGCUGGCCUUCUUGUUCUGGAGCUUGCUUUUGGCAUCCCGUGGCUCUGUCACCUGGACCAUGCUGGACCCCGGGGAGUCCAGCGUCAAUUUAGCAGAGACCAGGCCUGACCUGGUUGAGAUGAUAAACCAAACUCAUGCCAAAGUGCUGGAGAUUUGGUUGGAGUUGGGACGGCAGCGGGAAGUGAACGUCACGGAGUCGCACGCGGUCUGCAGGGUGCAGCCUUCAGCUACACUAGCAACUGAUCAGCCGCGGGUCACCGGUCUGGUCCUUUUCCGGCAGCUGGCGCCCGGCGCCAAGCUUGAGGCCUUCUUCGAUCUGGAGGGCUUCCCUGCCGAGCCGAACGCCUCCAGCCGCGCCAUCCACGUGCAUCAGUUCGGGGACCUGAGCCAGGGCUGCGAGUCCACUGGACCGCACUACAACCCUCUGGCAGUGCCGCACCCUCAGCACCCGGGAGACUUCGGCAACUUCGUGAUCCGCGACGGUCGCCUCUGGAAGCACCGCAACGGCUUGAUGGCGUCGCUGACCGGCCCGCACUCGAUCGUGGGUCGCUCUGUGGUGGUCCACGCUGGUGAGGACGACCUGGGCCGCGGCGGCAACCAGGCUAGCUUACAGAACGGCAAUGCGGGUCGCCGGCUCGCCUGUUGCGUGGUGGGCGCCAGCGACUCCUUGGCCUGGGAGCGCCAGACAAAGGAGCACGCUGAGCGCAAGAAGCGGCGGCGGGAGAGCGAGUGCAAGACCACUUAAGCGUUACUCCCAGCCUCAGAGCCCAGCCGCUUCGCGCCUGUCUCCACGCUCCCGAGACUCCUCCACUCACUCCAGAGGCCUCCACACGUCCUAGACAGACGCCUUCCAGACAUCUCAGUCGCCUCUGCGCGCCCCCACAGGCUUCCACGCACCCCAGACACCUCUAUGUGGUCCCAGAUGGCAUUAGGAACCUCCCCAGCCACCUCCA